AUGGGCUCGGCUGCAUCCCGCCACCUCACCGCCGAGGAGCUGUUCGAUAUCCAGGGGGAGACGGGCUUCUCGCUGGCGCGCCUCGACUAUCUCUACGGCCAUUACCAGUCCUUGGAUCGCGACUCCGAGGAUCGGGUGCUGCGCAGCGAGCUGCUCCGAGUGCCGCCGGUGGCCGCCCAUCCGCUGGCGGAGCGGCUGGUGGACGCCGUGCUGCAUCCGUCGCUCGACUUCCGGCACUUCGUGCGCGGCCUGGCCCACUUCCGGCGCAGUGAGCCGCUGGACCGGAAACUGGCCUCCGUGCUCCGCCUCUUCGACGAGGAUGGCGACGGGCUGCUGAGUCCGGAGCAGUGCCACGCCCUGCUCGUCCGCCUCCCAGCGACGCGGCGCGAGUUUCGAGCGAUGCGCUAUCGCCUCAAUCAGAUCCUGGCCGAGAAGGACAAGCUCGACUCCGAGGACUUUGGCCACAUCACCAGAGGCCUGGACCUGGAGCAGAGUCUCUCGCUCCGAUUCCUCUGA